AUGUCGGACGCUACAGAUCAGACCAUGGGUCCCUCUACCCUCCCAACUUCGCCAGUCUUGGCCGAUAAGAGUACACGCGCCCCGAAGCCUGCUUCGUUGGUCUGGGGUCAAACGCAGGAACAAGACCCAGAGACAGGUUUCAUAUCACCUGUGAGCUCCUCUGAGGCUCUGCGAACACCAAAUGAGUCAAGAUACUCGCGACACCCCUCGUCGCCGGAUAGUUCAACACACCUGCCGCCCCGGAUACACUCCCCCGCUUCUCAGAUCUUCGAACGGGACGUCCAGGAAGAUAUGAUCCCGGCUCAGGCAUCGCCCGCCAUACCAGCACAUAUUCGCACGGAAAACUACAUCCCACCCGUUCUCGAGGCAUCCUCGGCUGCAAUCACAGAUGACCGCCUGGAUCCUGAUUCCGUGGAGAUUGUCACCCAUAGCCUUCACCACCCUGCAGGUGCCACCACCUCCGCCGAGCAAUCAAUGUCAUCUUCUAUCGAUGCGCAUUUGCUAAGUCAGACGGAUACCGAUGAUAUGUCAUCGAGUUACGGUGCAUUGGACACAACAGACGUGCGCCGAUUGAGUUUCAUCUCAUUUGCGGACGUUGUCAACGCCGAGCACGCAGAAACAAGUGAAGCCCAUCUCGGUUCCCGUGAGCGUCUGGGGGACUUCACUCAUCCCUCGUCUCCUUUGCGGUCUCCCACUUCCUCGCAUGCGCUCAGCACCUCGCCUCCGACGAGCAUCGCACCGUCAUUCAAAGGACCUGAGUUGUCUCCUGAUCGACAUCUUGCUGCCGGUUCUGUUCAAAGUCCUGUAUCUUCUAGUUUUGGCGGUGACCUCAACGUAGAAACCAUGCGACAGGCCCUGCGGAAGACUGGCAGUGGAGACCUGGGCGGUAUGACAAGUCAACCCGUGAGCUCCAUUGGGGAUGACUUGCUUGACCGUACGAUUUAG